CGGGGUCUCGCUCUUGCUCAGGCUGGUUUCGAACUCCUGACCUCGAGCAAUCCGCCCGCCUUGGCCUCCCAGAGAGCUGGGAUUACAGGCGUGAGCCACCGCGCCCGGCUGAUUUUAUUGACUUUAAACUGGCAGAUUCUGUUGAAACCCUGAGGGACAGGUGCACACUCACAACUGGCAGUUUUUAUUGUCCAGCACAAGGGCCAUGGAGGACCAGGUGUCCAUAGCUCACUGGAAGAGGAGUUUCCUUAGGCAAGAUUAAGACUAAUCUCUGUUGCCAUUUUCCCACCAGCAUGAACAGGUGCUUUUGUUUUUGUGAAGAACUAAAUCAUGAGAGAUCAAAUCAGUGUUGAGCUCAUGGUUCACAUUCUUUCUUAUUUAGUAUUGACCAGUUUCGUCGCAAUCUCAGCCUUCUUUGCCAUAUAUGGAAUGUUCCUCUUGUGACUUGGAAAAGUAUACUCCUUUAGUGGAUGAAAGAGAGCUAGAACAAACUUCUUUUCAUAACACUCAGCUGCUUUCCCUAUGCAGCAGUGAGCUUUUUUCACUUAGACGUCAGUUGGUCAGAUGCAACAUUUGGUAUCCAUUUUAUCUUUCAUGUACUGCCAAACUAGCACAAGUGUUAAAUCACUUGUCUCUACAAAAAUUUAGUCACAGCUGGGUGGAAUCUCUCCAUCCGGCAAGAUUAGUUAUAUAACAUGUUAUAAUACUGAGGUGGUCGUGAAUUAAUACUGAGGACUAUUGGGUUAACCUCCAUUUCAGCUAAUCAUGGGAGAGAUUAAAGUCUCUCCUGAUUAUAACUGGUUUAGAAGUACAGUUCCCCUUAAAAAGAUUAUCGUAGAUGAUGAUGACAGUAAGAUAUGGUCACUCUAUGAUGCAGGCCCCAGAAGUAUCAGGUGUCCUCUCAUAUUUCUGCCCCCUGUCAGUGGAACUGCAGAUGUAUUUUUCCGGCAGAUUUUGGCCUUGACUGGAUGGGGUUACCGGGUUAUAGCUUUGCAGUAUCCAGUUUAUUGGGACCAUCUUGAAUUCUGUGAUGGAUUCAGAAAACUUUUAGAUCAUUUACAAUUGGAUAAAGUUCAUCUUUUUGGGGCUUCUUUGGGAGGUUUUUUGGCCCAGAAAUUUGCUGAAUAUACUCACAAAUCUCCCAGAGUUCAUUCCCUCAUCCUCUGCAAUUCCUUCAGUGACACCUCUAUCUUCAACCAAACUUGGACUGCAAACAGCUUUUGGCUGAUGCCAGCAUUUAUGCUCAAAAAAAUAGUUCUCGGAAACUUUUCAUCUGGCCCAGUGGACCCCGUUAUGGCUGACGCCAUUGAUUUCAUGGUGGACAGGUUGGAAAGUUUGGGUCAGAGUGAACUUGCUUCAAGACUUACCCUGAAUUGUCAAAAUUCUUACGUGGAACCUCAUAAAAUUCGGGACAUCCCUGUAACCAUUAUGGAUGUGUUUGACCAGAGUGCACUUUCAACUGAAGCUAAAGAAGAAAUGUACAAGCUGUAUCCCAAUGCCCGAAGAGCUCACCUUAAAACAGGAGGCAAUUUCCCGUACCUGUGUAGAAGCGCAGAGGUGAAUCUUUAUGUCCAGAUACAUUUGCUGCAAUUCCAUGGAACCAAAUACGCAGCUAUUGACCCAUCAAUGGUCAGUGCCGAGGAGCUUGAGGUGCAGAAAGGCAACCUCACUGUCAGCCAGGAGGAGCAGUAGUGGCUUUCGCUGUCCGUGAUGAGUUGAUCCCAGCGCGUUCUCAUACAAUCGGCGACGUCAGUACCUGCCAGCAGCCUCUGCCUUCAGCUUCGUCGGGCUCACCGGUUCUCACUGUGUUUUGGAAGCAGGACUGAUGGUCAUCUUCGUGACAGGCGACAGCCCCCGUAAGCCAGCGUAACUGUUCUCUCUUCUAAUUUUAUUAGCUUUUGGAUUUGAAGAAGUACUUUUGAAGAUUCCUAUUUUAAGGACUGUGCAAAUUUUGCUACCAGAAGUCUUCCUGUGUUCUUAAGUGAAUGUUAAUUUCUGAGGUUUGGGAUUUUGUGGUGUUUUUUUCUUUUCUCUUUUCUUUCCUUUUCCUUUCUUCCUUCUUUUUUUUAUAUUAUUUGCUGUAAAUGCUGCAUAUCCAGAUUGUAUAUCAGAAGGACACUGGUUAUUUUUAUGCUUUCUUGGGUAUAACCAUUCUCAAAGUGCCACGGCUAGCACCCCACUGUUUGCUCUCCCCCAAUCAACUACUUUUAAUUUCCAAUUAAGCAAAUUGUUUUGAGUGUUAGUUGUCUAGUUUCUAGAUAUUACAGUUAUUUGGAAUAAAAGUUUAAUUUCA